AUGGGUUCAGUCACGGAGACGCAGCAAUACGACAUCCCCACCCACUGUAAAGCGGGUGUCGUUGUCAAUGAAGGCCCAGACUUCCAUGUCGAGGUGCAAAUGGUACCGGUUCCCGAGCCAGGACCCGACGAUGUCUUGAUCCGACUUAACUUCACGGGCCUGUGCUAUUCGGAUAUCCAUAUGAUGAUGGGUGAUUUGGCCGCACCACCCAUGUCGACCUUUGGCGUUCGGUCCCCGGGUCACGAAGGUGCCGGAGUGGUCGUCAAAGUCGGAGCCAAUGUGAAGAACUUCAAACUCGGCGAUAGAGCGGGAAUCAAGCCGCUCACCGAUACGUGUGGUUCUUGCCAUUUGUGCUGGGAUGAUAAGGAGACGUACUGCAGGAAGGCUAUCCAUACUGGAUUGAUGACAGCUGGUACAUACCAGCAAUAUUUGGUUUCUCCUGCACGAUAUGCUUCGCCGAUCCCCGAUGGUGUUCCCGACGAGAUCGCCGCGCCGGUUAUGUGCAGCGCCAGCACGAUUUACCGGUCGCUCCUUGAGUCCAACCUUAAAUCGGGGUCUUGGGUAGUCUUCCCAGGUGGCGGAGGUGGAGUCGGUAUCCAGGGUGUGCAACUGGCCAAAGCCAUGGGCAUGCGUCCCAUCGUCGUGGACACCGGAAGUGAGAAACGUGAUUUAUCGCUGAAGAUGGGCGCAGAAGCAUUCGUUGAUUUCAAGGAAGAGGAGGAUCCGGCCAAGGCUGUGAUCGAGGUGGCGGAUGGUAUUGGUGUUCAUGGGGUUUUCGUGACGGCCCCUGCUGCGUAUAAGACGGCAGUUUCUUUCGUUGGUGAUCGCGUUGGAUCCAUGGUGAUGUGCAUCGGGCUGCCCUCGAUCGGGUCUGUGAAUCUGGGAACGGAUCCCUGCGAGUACAUUAUGAAGAAUCUUACCAUCAAGGGGACCUUGGUGGGUAGUCGGAGGGAUACCGCGGUGGCUUUGGAUUUUGCCCGUCGUGGGAUGCUGCAGCAGAUUAGUGAAGUGUAUCCCCUGAAUAGACUGCCGGAGGCGGUUGAGAAGCUUCGCAAGGGCCAAGUUGCGGGGCGCAUUGUGGUUAAUUUCAAUUGGGAAGAGUGA